GCGGGCAAUAGACGAAUAUUCCAACCGCGCGGCGGCGGGUAGAAGAUAGGUAGGAAGACACGGAGGAAAAAAAACCAUGAAAUGUUUUCAAAUAAUAAUAAUAGUAGAAAUAUAUUAUGCUUAGGCCUAUGUAACGCACUACAACCGCGACGGACGUCGUAUGUAUUAUUAUUUUCGUUAUUAUCGCCUGUGCGACUGUUUCGUGUAGACGUGCGUGAUACUUAGGCAUAUGCCGUGGUUGCCUACCUAGUGUAUACCACAGGCAGUGAAGUUGCAAUAGUACAUUUCAUACAGCUAUCCGUCCGUUUCAUACAAUUGUUUCAUUCCCAAUAAAUUAUAGACUGCCGUGGUGUAUUUUUAAUAAAAGUCUACGUUAAAAAAUAUUCUACAUAUUUGUAUAUUCGCGUGAUUGCGGCUACAUCAUGACGUCUAACUCUCAUCAGAUAGAGGAAAAUUUUGAAACACUUAAGGAUCUGUUCACCACCAUGAGUCAAGCCAUAGAACAACUCGAACAACAACAGUCAAAAUUGGAAAAAGACAAUAAAAGGCUCAACGAAACUAACGACAAAUUGCUAGAAAUUACCAAGAAACAGAAAUUGAUGGAAGACACUUCGGAUGAAUCAAAAGGUACAUCUUCAAAAGAUAUAACCAACAAAUAUCGCGUAUCACUUUACAAGAAACUUGCAGAUCUUGAAAAUCAAUUAUUGCAAAAUCAAACAAUCUUCACUGACGACUUCAAUUUUGAUGAAAAAGAUCCUAAGCAAAUGUUGAAAUUGAAGGUUCAAAUGCACUCAUUAUUAGAGGAAAACCAAACAUUGAAAGAUCAGCUUUCAGAUUUCCAAAAUUUGCAUGAUCGGAUUAUGUCUGAAAUCCGAUCAAAGAAAAAUGUUAAUAGCACCAAUCAACAACAAGAAAACAAUGUGAAAAAUGCCUCUCCAACUGCUUCUGCUACUGCCUCUCCUACUGCCUCUGAUUCACUCGACAAAAAAGAUAUGCAACCACUUCAGGUAAAUGUUAUUGAUAGUGAUGUAGACGAAGUGAAGGAUAAAUAAAAGUGUUCAAAUUAUAAUAAGAAUAUUAUUAAGCUAUAAGAGUAGUAUUAUAUUAAGAUAUAUAUUUCUUUUCUUUUUAG